AUGGACGGCGAGAAGCUCGGCGACGGUUCCAAGGGCGCCAUGUCGCUCACUGAGAGGGCGUGCUACCCGUACGUCGCCGGCAAACGGUGGCUGUUGGGGCUCGUGGACACGGUCGGGUACCAGCUCGUUACGUUCAUAAUCUCGUGCCACUUCUGCCUGAAGGGCACCACGCUGGGCCUGGUCGGCCAGGCGGGGCUGCCGUUCGCCCAGAAGGUGCUCAAGCUCUCGGCGCAGGAGUCCCAGAGGUACGGAAUCGUCGCGGCGUUCCCGUGGAGCAUCAAGCCGCUGGUGGGGAUGAUUUCGGACGUGCUGCCCAUCGCGGGUUACAACAAGCGGUACUACUGCUUCAUCAGCAGCAUACUGGGCGCGGGCGCGAUCACGUACUUGGCGGCGAUGCCCCUGGACUCAUCCUCGGCGCUGACGUACGUGGCGGCGAUGGUGUUGAUCAACCUGCAGGUGAGCGUGGUCGAUCUGCUGACGGAGGGUAAGUACACGGAGACCAUGGCGCGGGUGCCGGAGGCUAGCAGCGACAUCGUGUCGUUCGUGUGGUUGACGGUUUCGUGGGGCGGGCUGCUGGCGACCGCGAUAUCGUUCUUCGUGCUGCAGACGGAGAAGUAUCACGUCAUGUUUUGGUGCGCGCUGCCGUUCUCGUUGCAGGCGGUGUUCACUUCCUUCUUCGGACUCCUCCCCGAGGUCAAGCUGGCGGUUUCUAAACUGGAUCUUGACCUGCUCACGAAGCACAGGGACAUGUUCUUGAUGGGAACCUUCAUGGGCUGCCUUUCCGUGGCGCUCGCGGUCACGCAACUGGCGACGGAGAAUAUGUACGUUGAGUUCGGGGUGACCUUGGGUGUGGCGUCGGUGCUGUCGGUAUCGAUGUUCUUUUUCAUGGAAAAGCGGCUGGCCAAGGCGACGCUUUUCCUGUUCCUCACCAACACGGUGUCGGUGAGCUUCGGCAGCGCGAUGCAGUACUGGUUCACGGUGGACGAGACGUGCAACCCCGGCGGGCCGCACUUCGACUACCUGUUCUUCACGGUGUACACUUCGGUGAUCGCGCAGGUGUUCAACGCGCUGGGUAUUUAUCUGUUCAACGUGUACCUGUCCAAGUUUAGGAUGCGAUCGGCGCUGAUUGUAAGCGCGCUGAUCUCGAGCACGGCGAGCCUGGGGGAUUUCGCGAUGGUGAUGCGAUGGAACCUGCGGUGGGGCAUCCCCGAUCGGUGGUUCUAUUUGAUCGGGGAUACGAUCCUGGAGCCCAUCGUGUUGAUGAUGGCUUUCAUGCCGAGCACGGUGCUCAUCAGCAAGAUGUGCCCAAAGAACAUGGAGGCCACGACGUUUGCCAUCCUCGCGAGCUUCAGCAACCUUGGCGGCGCGUUGUCGAGCUCGUUCGGCGUGUUCGCGAUGCAGGCUGCGGGGAUCAAGACAGACGUUGAGAGCGGGCAGUGCGACUUCAGUAACCUGCCGUGGCUCAUCGUGGUGUGCGGGAUGUGCCUUCCGCUGGUGGCGGUGCCGCUGACGUUUGUGCUCAUCCCGGACAUCGACAUGUCCGACAACCUGAAGGAAGAGGAGGGGCUGCCGGAGCCCGGCGGGGACAAGGCGGGGGAGAAGACUCCACUGAUAAAGAAGGAGUGAGAAGAACGGCGGUUGUCUGCUCAUCAACCCGACAUUGUUUUGCGAAGGUACGAAGCUUCGUAUUAGUUUUUGUGACGUUUAUACAGCGGCGGCGUUAAAGAAUGAGACUAU